AUGUCUGAUGAAGCGGAGGACAAAAUAAAAAUGGCUUUAACAUCUCUAGAAUCCAAAGUGAAAGAAUUUAAGUACAUGCAAAACCAUCAUGAGAAGGAAAUUGGAGAUAUAAAAGAAGAUGUUUUUAAUUUGGAGAAAUACAUUAAACAAGAAUUUGCAGAAUUGCACCAGUUUCUCCUAGACAAGGAAGAACAACUCAUCCAGCAGCUGAAGAAUGACGAAGCAAAUUCUCUAAAACAGAUGGAAGGAAAUCUCGAGUGCAUUAAACAAGAGAUCGUUACCUACCUUGUGACAGAAUCCGAUGGCAACUUGGAGGACAAGAUUAAAGGAGAGGAUAGCCUGAAAAUAAUGGAAGAAAAUGUUAAAUCUGUUGAAAAUGAUGCUAUGGCCAUUAACAGCAUUAGUCACAGCAACGUGGAGAUCAGACAACCGGAACCUGUUGAUUUGCUAACAAAGGUAGAAUAA